UCCGCCAAUGUUUACAGUGGUUUUGUUUGUUUUUCUUCGUCAUUACAUAAUAAAAUAAAUGAGUAAUCAACGAAGUGUGACUUUACUCGUAUAUUUUCCUGUGACGAGUAUAAUUUGAGGCAAAUUAACAACAACCCAAAUUCAGUUCAACAAAAUAAAUUAUUUGUAAAAUUGAAAUAGGUAAAAUGAGCAACAUUUUAAAAUAUUUUAACACACGCAACUCAUACGAAUUAAGUUUUUUCAGGGAAGGAGACCCUUUAGCACUGAAUUAUUUCAAAAUCAUAAGAAUCUUCAUGGUGGCCCCGGGCGCAUGGCCGGCGGAUGUAUUCGGAGAGAAGCUGUCACUGCUCGUAAGAGUUCACAGAGCGUUGAUGCCGUACCACACGAGCGUCAUCGUUAUUGGUGAACUUUAUUACCUGUAUAUUCACAAGGAGGAGUUAGACUUUCUUAAUAUGGGACACAUGAUUAUAUUCACGUUUUUAGCAGUACUAAUAGCUAUAAAUGAAACUGUUGACAAAAUUUCCUAUUAUUACACAAUUUUUGUAGCAUUAUUAGUUACUACUGCAAUGAUAAAUUUUAAUAUUGUCCCGUUGUUUAAUAACGUUACAAACGUUCUUAUUUACAAGACUGAAAACUUUACUCUAGAAUUUGCUUUAUAUUACAAAUAUCCCGGUUUUGACCCACUCGAUUACUUCACGAGUACUACCAUUUAUAAUGUAUAUCUAUCGUACAACUGCAGUAUCAUGGUAUCCGGGAUAGAUUUAAUACUGUUUCUGAUAAUUUUCCAAAUAAUCGGACACGUGUACAUUCUGAGAUACAACCUUGAAAACUUUCCGUCGCCUAAAAUUAAAGUAGUUUUCAAAUUAAAGGAAAUUUUAAAACACAAAGGAAACGAAGACAUCUCAUCAGAAAUGUUUGAUGCAGAGGAAAACAGAGCGGUGCGCCUUAAAUUACAAGAAUGUAUAGAACAUCAUAAACUAAUAAUUGGUUUUACAGAUGAACUUUCGGAGUUGUUCGGGCCCAUCUUAGCCAUUAACUACUUUUUUCAUCUGGUUUGCUGUAGCUUGUUACUGCUGGAAUGUUCAGAAGGUGGUGCUUGGAUUCGUUAUGGACCUUUGACUGUAGUGAUAUACGGCCAACUGAUUCAAAUGUCAGUCAUUUUUGAGAUGUUGGGUUCAGAGACUGAAAAGUUGCCAGAUUCAGCUUACUUCCUGCCGUGGGAGUGCAUGGACACCAGCAACCGGCGGACGGCGUGCAUCAUGCUGCACAAGAUGCAGUACAAGAUCAGCCUCAAGGCGCUGGGGCUGGCGGCCGUCGGCGUCAGCACCAUGACCGGGGUAAGGAAUACGAGUCCUUCAAUGUAGAUAUAGCGAGAUAGAUUCAGCUUACUUCCUGCCGUGGGAGUGCAUGGACACCAGCAACCGGCGGACGGCGUGCAUCAUGCUGCACAAGAUGCAGUACAAGAUCAGCCUCAAGGCGCUGGGGCUGGCGGCCGUCGGCGUCAGCACCAUGACCGGGGUAAGGAAUACGAGUCCUUCAAUGUAGAUAUAGCGAGAUAGAUUCAGCUUACUUCCUGCCGUGGGAGUGCAUGGACACCAGCAACCGGCGGACGGCGUGCAUCAUGCUGCACAAGAUGCAGUACAAGAUCAGCCUCAAGGCGCUGGGGCUGGCGGCCGUCGGCGUCAGCACCAUGACCGGGGUAAGGAAUACGAGUCCUUCAAUGUAGAUAUAGCGAGAUAGAUUCAGCUUACUUCCUGCCGUGGGAGUGCAUGGACACCAGCAACCGGCGGACGGCGUGCAUCAUGCUGCACAAGAUGCAGUACAAGAUCAGCCUCAAGGCGCUGGGGCUGGCGGCCGUCGGCGUCAGCACCAUGACCGGGGUAAGGAAUACGAGUCCUUCAAUGUAGAUAUAGCGAGAUAGAUUCAGCUUACUUCCUGCCGUGGGAGUGCAUGGACACCAGCAACCGGCGGACGGCGUGCAUCAUGCUGCACAAGAUGCAGUACAAGAUCAGCCUCAAGGCGCUGGGGCUGGCGGCCGUCGGCGUCAGCACCAUGACCGGGGUAAGGAAUACGAGUCCUUCAAUGUAGAUAUAGCGAGAUAGAUUCAGCUUACUUCCUGCCGUGGGAGUGCAUGGACACCAGCAACCGGCGGACGGCGUGCAUCAUGCUGCACAAGAUGCAGUACAAGAUCAGCCUCAAGGCGCUGGGGCUGGCGGCCGUCGGCGUCAGCACCAUGACCGGGGUAAGGAAUACGAGUCCUUCAAUGUAGAUAUAGCGAGAUAGAUUCAGCUUACUUCCUGCCGUGGGAGUGCAUGGACACCAGCAACCGGCGGACGGCGUGCAUCAUGCUGCACAAGAUGCAGUACAAGAUCAGCCUCAAGGCGCUGGGGCUGGCGGCCGUCGGCGUCAGCACCAUGACCGGGGUAAGGAAUACGAGUCCUUCAAUGUAGAUAUAGCGAGAUAGAUUCAGCUUACUUCCUGCCGUGGGAGUGCAUGGACACCAGCAACCGGCGGACGGCGUGCAUCAUGCUGCACAAGAUGCAGUACAAGAUCAGCCUCAAGGCGCUGGGGCUGGCGGCCGUCGGCGUCAGCACCAUGACCGGGGUAAGGAAUACGAGUCCUUCAAUGUAGAUAUAGCGAGAUAGAUUCAGCUUACUUCCUGCCGUGGGAGUGCAUGGACACCAGCAACCGGCGGACGGCGUGCAUCAUGCUGCACAAGAUGCAGUACAAGAUCAGCCUCAAGGCGCUGGGGCUGGCGGCCGUCGGCGUCAGCACCAUGACCGGGGUAAGGAAUACGAGUCCUUCAAUGUAGAUAUAGCGAGAUAGAUUCAGCUUACUUCCUGCCGUGGGAGUGCAUGGACACCAGCAACCGGCGGACGGCGUGCAUCAUGCUGCACAAGAUGCAGUACAAGAUCAGCCUCAAGGCGCUGGGGCUGGCGGCCGUCGGCGUCAGCACCAUGACCGGGGUAAGGAAUACGAGUCCUUCAAUGUAGAUAUAGCGAGAUAGAUUCAGCUUACUUCCUGCCGUGGGAGUGCAUGGACACCAGCAACCGGCGGACGGCGUGCAUCAUGCUGCACAAGAUGCAGUACAAGAUCAGCCUCAAGGCGCUGGGGCUGGCGGCCGUCGGCGUCAGCACCAUGACCGGGGUAAGGAAUACGAGUCCUUCAAUGUAGAUAUAGCGAGAUAGAUUCAGCUUACUUCCUGCCGUGGGAGUGCAUGGACACCAGCAACCGGCGGACGGCGUGCAUCAUGCUGCACAAGAUGCAGUACAAGAUCAGCCUCAAGGCGCUGGGGCUGGCGGCCGUCGGCGUCAGCACCAUGACCGGG